AUGGAACAUUCAAAAUUCACAAUCCAGCGACCCGAGCACGCGGGUGAAGUAAGAAAAAAGUUGUACUGUAAGAAAAAUCCUUUAAAGAUUGACUCCAGACAUGGCAGUAAGCGUAGCUCAUGCUACUCUGCCGAUGACGACGACGAUUUGGAUGUGCCGCGCGACAUAAACAACUGUGUCAGCGAUAACCAGAACGAGCCACAAACUGACAGAUUCGGCUUCUUCUUGGUUUCAAGUUCACUGUGAGAUUAUUACCAGAAGACUAAUGGAAUAGAUAACACUUUAGAACAAAAUUUCAAUUCGAUGCUAAAAAAUUGCGUAGAAGAGAGAAAAAAUGGAUACAAAUGCUGGAAAACUGGCGAUACUUCAUGGAUGAAAAAUUCGAACUUGUUCGUAAUCGAUGUCGGAAAGGUAUACCACCAAGCCUGCGCGGCCGAGCUUGGAAAUAUUUGAGUGGUGCUACUUAUCAGAUGGAAGUUUCUUCAAACCGCUUUGUUUUUGACGUGAGUUUAAAAAUAAGGCAUUUAAUUCCGAGGGCAGAACAGGGCACAACUUAUUAUUGUUAGGGUACGACUUCAUCGAUUUUAGGAUACAAUUUUUUUUAAAUACACUUAAGGGUACACCAAUUCGAGGGCACAACAAUUUUAGGGUACGACCAUUCUUAUUAAUAAAAGUCUUACGGGGACUGUCGCCUUGUUUAUUUACUUAUUUACUUAUUUACAAGACUUCUGAAACCUGGGGCCCUCAGGUAAAUCGUUUGUAAUCUAGCUAGCUAAUUCGCGUUUUUAACCGGAUCUAAUUAGAUUGCUAACUUACUGCGAUUAGAUUGCAAAUUCUUCUUACUGGACUGGUAAAUUUUCUAAUUAGAUUGGCGAAGCUAAUUAGAUUGCAAACACACUGAUACAUAUCAAAAAAAGAUUAAUCCGCUGAAUUUCAGCAGAUUAAUCUUUUUUGUACGGCUCUGGCAUUUCGUUAUUAAUCUAAUCGUAGUGUACUCGAGUUCUACGGCGGCCUAAUAAGAUUGAUAUGACACCUAAUUAGAUUUAUAAAUUGUCUAGCUAGAUUAAUAAAUCUUCUAAUUAAAUUGAUAUGUGCUCAAAUCAAGUUUCACGCUAACCGUCUGCUGGCUCAAAUCUCGAUUGCGCCUAGAAAAAACAGUCAAAUCUAAUCAGGUCGCGUUUAGAUCAGUAACUUUCUAAUUAGAUUAAUAUCGAAUUGCCAGAGGCCUUCGUGGACGACCUUCUGCCGUUCGGCCAUGUUUUGGGACCAAAAGUAAACUGGUCUGAAGCGACUAAAAUGAAAAAAAAUUUGUUGUACCCCAAAAUCUCUGGGAACUCGAUCGCAAUCUAAUUAGAAAACUUUGCAAUCUAAUACGAACUCGUUUGAAAUAGAAUUUGCUUGAAUUAGACUGCAAAAUCUUCUAAUUAGAUUGCAAUCACUGCAAUUUUUCUAAUUAGAUUGCAAUCACUGCAAUUUUUCUAAUUAGAUUGCAAUCACUGCAAUUUUUCUAAUUAGAUUGCAAUCACUGCAAUUUUUCUAAUUAGAUUGCAAUGUUUUCUAAAUAGAUUGCAAUUUUUUAUUAUUAGAUUGCAAUUCAGGAAAAAUAUAUUGUAAUCUAAUACAAUUUUACUGGAACUUUAAUUAAAUCUGAUUAGAUUGCGAAAUAGAGCUUUCUCUUAUUAGAUUGCAAACUCUUCUAAUAAGAUUGCAAUCGAGUUUCCAGAGAUUGUAAGAAGUUGUGCCCUAAAAGUAUUAUACUCUGGUAAAUGGAUUGCGAUUUAAUUAGAACUCAUUCACAUCUAAUUCAAGAAAGCAUGAUUUUCAGAUCUAGUUAGAAGUUUUUCAGGUUUAAUUUGAAUCUAAUUAGAUGUGAAAACAGAAAUUCGAAUCUAAUUAGAAGUUGGAUUUUUCACAUCUAAUUAGGAGUUUUUGGGAUCUAAUUAGAAAUGAUGCAAUCUAAUUAGAAAUGAUGCAAUCUCUGCGCACCGCGGAACAACUUUUUUUUCUCAAUUUUUGAAAUGUUCUCCUCGUCUUCUGUUGUUUAUUGCAUUUGUAUUCAACUGAGAAUAUCCACGUGUGUGUUCAGUGUUGCAAGUGCGCACCAUUGACAAUUCUUCUGCGCAUAACAUUAAUCAUGCUCACUCGUUUGCUGGCCUUAAUUUUUAGCUGAUGGAGAAGAUGAAGAAAUUAUCGAAAAGCAAGGAGAUGAUGAACUGAUCAUUGACCCAAGUGGAGGCUACAACGUAUUCAACGAGUUGGACGGUGGCACAUCGGAAGCGGGCAACAAAUCGGCAAGAAAAACUGGAACGGACGGCAUCUGUCCGUUCGUCAUCGGUGAGAAGUUGAUCUCUACCUCGAUAGAACAAAUGGGAUUGCUGAAUGUGAGUCUGCAUUAAGCCUGAUAUUUGCAUAGUUUCUUGCAUGCUUGUGAUUUUACGGCUCGGCCCGGACGGUGCGGAUUCUGCCUGACGAUCGUAAAUUUUGGCUUUUUUCGUCGGUUUUCAUAGUUAUUAGGUAGGAAAUAGCCUAUCCCUGUCAACUCACGAGCGUUCGAACUGUUACGCGCAUGCAAGCGCGCCCUACCGAACAUCGUCGGCGUCUCUUCAAUCUCGCACUCUCUAAUUUGAAUAAAUAAACAGCUGGCCUAAAAUUUGCGUAGUAUCUGGUGCCAAGUACGCAAAAUAUCUAGAACGGUGUUUGCACAGGGGCGACACGCAGCCAAUGGGCGUACGCCGGCGUAAAGGCGGCAAACGAAAAUUUUGAAUCGGUGCGUAGCGCCCUUCGAAAAUAAAUUCAAAUUUUUAUGGCGGGAGUUCUGAAUGAACACACGUGUCAACUUCGACAUCAAUAUGACGAACCGAGAUGAAAAAAGCCGAAAGCAUACUGAAAACUUGAAAAAACACACAGCUGAAAUUCGAAAUUUUUCUUCCGGGGCGGGCCGGUGGACAUAUUCCUAUGGCCUGGUCCGGCCCGUGACAACAAUGAAUAAUUUUUCUAGAAAUCAAUCUGGGACGCCGCACGCGGACGACUCCAGUUCGACUACCGCACUAUCAACGAACUGAUUGAGAACAGUACUGGGGAGACAAAAGCUGUUCUGAUUGGGCAAUCCGGCAUCAUGAAAACUGUACAAUACACUGUGUGUUCUUAAAUGUUUUUUGGCUUUCAGCUUGAGGUUCUGUUCGAAAAAGUGUCGAACAGCCAGACGAAAAAAUUCAGAUCGUCGCCAACAAAUGGCUGACCGAGGUAAGAAUAUACGACGAAUACACCAAAACGGUAUUUCUUUCAGAUGAUUCCGGACAACUUACGCCACAACUUCUCUGUCAGCACGAAACCACAAAAACCACAAGUUUCCCUUCCGAGUCGAUUCAUUAACCCUCCAAUCGGUAUAAAUUAUAUCUGAGUUAGUAUGCUAUGAAAUGUUUUUGCAGCCGUACUCAGUGGAGCGAUCGAAAUUCACGGAUGCGACAGAGAAAUGGUGGCGAUCACUGUGGCGCUGCUCUUCCAGCAUCACUUGGAUUAUUGCUUGUGAGUCGAUGCGAAAAACAACGUUCCAAUCUACUUUUCCAGCAGUCACGCCCGUCAUCGCAUGCAGAAGCAGAAAAAGGACGAGAAUACGAGUGCUUAG